AUGAGUGCAACAUCAGAUAGGGAAAGUGAUUUUGAAUCUGAGGAUGAAAACAACUUUCAGGACAAAGUCUUCAACGUAAAGUCGAAAACCAGUUCUUUUUUUCACGCAAAUACGUCUGAUAACGAAGAUUUUCUGGAAGACGAAGAGGAUAAAGAUGAACAAGAUGAAGGUGAUACAAAGACAAAACCAAAAGAUGGAAAGCAUAAUUUUGAAGAUAUAGCAUAUGAUGAAGAGAGUGAGGAAAACAUUGGUGACGAUGAAGAUGGAAAUGCAGACCUCAGUCUAGAUGGUGGAAGCAAAGUCAAUAAAAAGUUGAAGAAGUUGACUAGUAAAGAGUUGGCAAAAGAGCAGAAAAGAAUAAAGCGUACUGGGGUUUGCUAUUUAUCUAGGGUUCCACCGUAUAUGAAGCCAGCAAAGUUGCGUUCCGUUUUGUCGAGAUUUGGCGAAAUUGACAGAUUGUUUUUGAAGCCCGAAGAUCCAUCAGUUUAUCACAAGAGAGUGAAGUAUGGUGGGAACAAGAAGAAGAAUUUUACAGAAGGUUGGAUCGAGUUUGUAAAUAAGUCGGAUGCCAAGCUUUGUGCUGCGACGUUGAAUGGAAACAAGUUAGGUGGUAAAAAGACAUCAUACUACUACGAUGACAUAAUUAACAUAAAAUAUUUGCCAGGUUUCAAAUGGCUAGAUUUGACCCAACAAAUAGCCAAAGAAAAUGAAGUAAGACAAGCAAAACUUGCGAUGGAGAUAUCUCAACAACAGAAACUCAACAAAUCGUUUGUCAGUAACGUGGAAAAAUCAAAAAUGAUAGCUAAUAUCCAGAAGAAAAGAAAGACUACAGAUGAUGACAAUAUUAGAAGGGAUUUUAAACAAAGAAAAGUUACAACGACCAGAAGUGACGCUAAGGAUGAUUUAAAAUCAAAGUCCAAACCAACGGACAAAUUAAAUGAUAUUUUAUCAAAAGUAUUUUAA